GUACUAAAAGAGGAUAUGUUUUAAAGAUUGUGCUUCUGCUUUUUAUAGCUAAGAAAUCAUUCUGCGACGAAGUUGAUUAAGCACGAGAGAGUGGUGAAAAUCGUUCCUAACCAUGGGAUCUUUCAAGGGUCAUGCUUUGCCGGGGACAUUGUUUUUUUUAGUUGGGGUGUGGCAUAUAUGGGCUACUAUAGUGAGAUAUAUACGUAAUCCUAAGAGGUUUCAGGUUCGGGCGUGGAAUCCUGUACCGGGUUUUGAUGGGAGGGUGAAGCACUUGGAGCUCUAUGUUAUUGCAAUUGGUUCUUUUAUUGACUUGUGCGUUGAGUUUUUGUAUUCAACUCACCUCAAGAUAUUUGUUGGCGGUGUCCUUAACCCUUCUCAUAUGAAUGAUUUUGAGCACUCGGGGAUGCUUCUUAUGUUCUUUAUCUACGGUGUUGUUGCCUUACUUAGCGAAAACACCAGAUUUCUUCCAUUGCCAGAAGGUAUUCUAUGUUUGAUAGCCGCCAUGGCAUUUUCCGCCGAGUAUCUUCUAUUCUACUUUCAUUCAACAUCACACAAAGGUCUCGAAGGCUAUUACCACACCCUCCUAGUCUUCCAGGUAGGACUAUGUGUUUUAUCUUCAAUCGCCGGCGCUCUUAUGCCAAACAACUUUCCAGUCGAUUUAUGCAACGGAAUCGCUAUAGCCCUACAAGGCAUUUGGUUCUAUCAAACUGCAUUUGUUCUCUACGGUCCCAUGCUGCCAAAUGGUUGUAAGAUUAAGGAUAACCAUAUCUCAUGUAACUCAGUUGACAGCGAGGUUCGCGGCGAAUUGCUUGCUAACUUUCAGUUUUUUGUUGCCAUCCUCGCGGUUCUUGUUGCAACGGUAACGGCGUACGGAUAUGCUGCUUCGAGAUAUGGAAAUUCUGAAGUUAAUAAUAUGCAUACUGUUCAGGAUGAAUUAGAUCAAAACUGAAGUAGUUUGAUUUUCUCUUUCUUUAGUAACACUUGAGAAUGUUGUUGGCACUUAGUUUCUUAUAGAACAUGUUUGUAUAUUGGAGUGAAAAGGUGAAAGAAAAACAUUAUACAUUUUUGUUG